CAGGUCAGACACGUGGAUGGACUGCAGGCUGUGACGGCCAUGGCCACAGUGUCCACCGCUAACGGGCAGAUCCUCGGCCUUCAGCAGUGAAUGAUGGAGAUGACCCGCACCAUCCACUGGCUCCAGAUGAAGCUGUUGGUGAUGCUGAUGUUGGCCCUGCCUACUCUGCCCUUAGAAAGCUCCAAGAAAGUCACUGAAUCGGUUCGCCCACUGAACCCAAGUCUGGGGAACAAGAUUCCUGAAAUCAGGUCUAACAGACCAGGCAGACGGGCUGCACGUAGUCUAAAUCAUGGUAUGCCUUACAAGAAGCAGAAUUGCUCACACUUUGUGAAUAUUGAUCAAACCAACCUUGAAUGGCAGACUUGGUGUGGUUCUCUUCCCAAUGGAGCAGUUUUAAUCUACAAUAAAUAUGUUGGACGCACCGACUAUGUAUGUAAACAUGACUGUGAUGCUGGUUUCUACCGGCCUGACGAGGGUCCUUUCUGCCACUAUUCCGAUAAAGAGGUUGGGCAUGAAACCUCCCAGUUCGAAAUCCUAGUGAACAAACAAAACACUGAGAUUUUGGAGUGGAAGGAAGCCUCUCGUGGCUCAGUGCCUCAACAUUCAGUCUUGACCUGUCCAGACAAGAAAAAUGUAUAUGUUGGGAUGAACAAGUAUGGGCUUGGGAAGGUGGUUCCACAGGAGAAAGCCUUCUUCCUUCCUUGGCACAAGAAAGAGUACUGGUAUAAUGACUACCAGGUCCUGACCUUUAGCAAAGAUGUUGUCAGUGAGGACAUUUAUGAUGUCAAGUACAAGAUGGAUCAGGCUAAAAUCAUCAAGUUCCCUCAAAAGACCAUAGACACGUUGAGCAUCAGCAACAAUCUGUGCCAGUCAGUUUUGAAGACAAUGACCCUCUCCAAGACAACCCAAGAGUCACAAAGAUGGGAGCACAGCUUUUCUGUCCAAAUGGGAGUUAAGAUUUCCUUCGAAGCUGAAAUUCCCAUGUUAGCCUCUACAGGUGUUGAGCUGAGAACGCAGGUGUCCUACCAGUUCACCAAAGAGACCACUCACACUGAGUCCAACAAUCAUUUAGUCUCUAUUACGUACGAUGUUCCACCAAACCACUUCUGCACUGUCCGGAUGGUGGGCAGGAAGAGUGAAGUGACGGUCCCGUACACGGCUCGACUCAGACGCACCUACCGCGACGGACAGACCAGAGAGGCGUCCUUCUCUGGAACCUACAAGGGAGUCCAAUUUGGAGAAGUGCAUACUAUUUUGGAUCGCUGUGUACUCAAAGCUGACAACAAGCCUUGUCCUGAGAAGCAGGUCGGCUGUCAGUGACCUCUCAUACUUAAACGCAAGCCUUUGAAUGAAGCAGAACAGAGCUAAUCAAGCUUCUCUCACAUUUAUGCUCUUCAAAACAGUUAAGUCGUUCUGUCAGGACACAAGAAGAAGCAUUUCCUUAGUUUGUGUUAUAAAUGUAAUGUAAUCUGAAUCAAAUUAAAAAUAACAAGCAUCACAGCAGCCUGAAGCCAAAGGAUGAAAAGGUGCCACGACUUGUAAACAAAGAGAUGUGUUAAAACCAACAUUUAGAUUAAUUCAUGUUUGUAGGAGUAAAUUUAACCUGUAGAUCAUUAAUAGAAAAGAAA